GGGAGCACCGGGCGCGGGGCCGGCUGCAGCCCCGAGGAGCCGCGGGCGGCGGCCCGGGCCGGCGCGGAGCUGGUCCCCGGCCCCCGGGCUCCCGCGGCCUCCCCACCGGCGCCGGCGUCGAGCGCGCGGAGCUGUCCCCGGGCUGCGGCGCGAGCAGGUUUAACCCAGAAGAAUUUAGCUAAACAGUUUGAUUUCCCUAUACCUUUGAAUGAAGCUCCGAAAGUAAUGAAGAAAAAGAAAAAGGUUCUCGUAUGGAAUAAAGUAUACAAAGUCAUUUCUAGAAUGCUUGAAGAAAAUGAAAAAUACAGACUCAGGCUGAAAUACCAACAACUAUCCAGUGAAAGCAAGUUAACACAGUUGAUUGUAUGAAAGAAGAGUGGCUUUCCUAACAGGAUUAACCUAUCUUUGGAUCCGUUUACCAAAGAAGAUUGUGAAGAGUUUAAAGAUGGAACUUUAAAUUGAAUCAUAAUUGUAUGUUAAUUUUGGUGUGUUUUGUUGGUAUUGGGACUUUAAUAUUUGAAUAGAAAAACUACCUUCUUUAUAAAUUAAUAGUAUUUGUUUACAAAUUAAUUAAAUAUGGUUGUAUGCACACAAGUGUUAUGCAAGUGUUUUUCAAGUGUGAAUUAGUACUUACUCUGUAUUCUUUUAAACUAAUCUUAUACAUAAAAUUUAAAUUGACAUAGCAAUACAAUUGCAGGCAUUUAUAUUUACCAAUGUUUCCCUUUAAUGAAUGUGUCUGCAAACUACCACUUUAUUCAUCCCUCAUUAUGAUAUAACUGCUUUAAAUUAAACUUCGAUUCAUUUAAA